GCGGUGAUUCGCUCCAGAGGGGCUCUGUCCUACCAGGAGGCCCAAGAAAGACUGGACUCUGAUCCUGCGGAAGACCAGUCAGAGGUCACCGUAGCCAUCCGGAAUCUCUGGAAGCUCGCUCAGAAGCUCCGAUCCAAGAGGAUUGAGGAUGGAGCUUUGAAUCUGGAAAGCGGGGAGCUGAAGUUCGAGCUGGAUUCUGAGACCCAGAAUCCAGUGAAUGUCUUCAGCUAUGAGUCCCGGGAUACGAAUCAUCUGAUCGAGGAGUUCAUGCUCUUGGCGAAUAGGAAGGUCGCGGAGGAGAUCAGCAAAUGUUGGGAGCAGACGAGCGUUCUCAGGCGCCAUCCACCGCCCAAGGAGGAGAGCAUGUCUGAGCUGAAGAAGCUGCUGGCAGCCUAUGGAAUCAAGGAUUUCGAGUCUGGCUCAAACAAGGAACUCCAGUACUCCCUGGACCAUGUGGACAAGCCUGAUGACCCAUUUUUCAACAGGCUGGUGCGUAUCAUGUCAACGCGCUGUAUGGAUUUUGCAAGGUACUUCUGCACCGGAGAUCCAGAUGUUCCAAAAAAGGACUGGGGCCACUUCGGGCUGGCAAUGGAUCACUACACACACUUCACCUCGCCCAUCCGUCGCUAUGCUGAUGUUCUCGUUCACCGACUUCUUGCCGCUUCACAAGGCAUCGAAGCAUUGCCGGUCGUGAUGCGGAACCAGCAGGAGAUCAAGGAUGCAUGCGAGCACCUCAACCUCAAGCAUAGGAAUGCCCAGUAUGCCGACAGAGCCUCCGUGAGCUUUCAUCUCUAUCAGUUGUUCCUGAAGCGCGGCCCGACAGUGGCAGAGGGCGUCAUCAUGCGGGUUCAGCGUGAGGGCAUAAGUGUGGCGUCUGAUGAGUGGGGCGCAGAAGGCCUUGCACCACUGAGCAGUAAGAACUGGUUGCUGAUCAUCGAUAAGCAGACAGCAUAUGGCCGACCCAGAUCAAAGUUUGAGGGCAUCAACAUGAAAGUCUUCGAUCGCGCCGUUGUGAGCAUAGAGGCAGACUUGGAGGACCUCAGCCAGAGGUUUCUGAAGUUCACGUUCCUCGGGAUGCCGAAACGCCGGCCGGAUGGAAAGCUAGCUCCGCUUCCCGCUAUCCCGAGCAGCGCAAAUCCAGAGGCGCCCUCGGACCUUCCUCCGCUGCCUGUGGUGGCAGAGUAA